GGAAUGAGCUGUACCAAACAAUGAAUGCACAAUUGACAAUACCCUGUAACAAGAGUGAGAUAACAUCCAAUCAAUCUUGUGAUCCUAAGAGACCAGAAAAAACUCAUCUCGGUAAAAAGUCUUAUUCAAACAAUGUAAGUGAGACUACGUACUACCGUGCUGGUGAUUUAAAUAGACAUAACUUUUUACAUACGAAUUCGAAAGUCAAGAAUUCUCAUUCCGUUGAUAUUAAUAAAACAAUUUCGCUAAAUACCAAGAGGCUCAAAGAUUCAAAACACAUAACACAGACAGACGAAAAAGCUUACUCUAGUAAUGUUAGUGGAAGAAUUUCUAACCAAUCCAAUGAUUUAAAGGGUCAUAAUAUAAUACAUACUGGUGUAAAAGAAUAUUCAUGCAAUAUUUGUGCAAAGAGUUUCAAACGAUCUUGUCAUUUGAAAGAACAUAAUAGAAUACAUACUGGUGAAAAACCCUAUUCAUGCAGUGUUUGUGGCAAGAGUUUUAAUAAUUCUUCUAAUUUAACAAAACAUAAUAAAGUACAUACCGGUGAAAAACCUUAUUCAUGCAAUGUAUGUGGCAAGAGUUUCAAACUAUCUUGUCAUUUGAAAGAACAUAUUAAAAUACAUACUGGUGAAAAAUCUUAUUCAUGCAGUGUUUGUGGCAAGAGUUUUAAUCAAUCUUCUAAUUUAACAAAACAUAAUAAAGUACAUACCGGUGAAAAACCUUAUUCAUGCAAUGUAUGUGGCAAAAGUUUCAAACGAUCUUAUUAUUUGAAAGAACAUAGCAGAAUACAUACUGGUGUAAAGGCAUAUUCAUGCAAUGCAUGUGGAAAGAGUUUCAAACGAUCUUUUCAUUUGAAAGAACAUAAUAGAAUACAUACUGGUGAAAAACCUUAUCCAUGCAGUGUUUGUGGCAAGAGUUUCAAACUAUCUUGUCAUUUGAAAGAACAUUAUAGAAUACAUACUGGUGAAAAACCUUAUUCAUGCAGUACUUGUGGCAAGAGUUUUAAUCAAUAUUCUAAUUUAAUAAAACAUAAUACAAUACAUACUGGUGAAAAACUUUCUCCAUGCAAUGUAUGUGGCAAGAGUUUAAAACGAUCUUAUAUGAAAGAACAUAGUAGAGUACAUACUGGCGUAAAGGAAUAUUCUUGCAUUAUAUGUGGAAAAAGUUUCAAACGAUCUUUUCAUUUGAAAGAACAUAAUAGAAUACAUACUGGUGAAAAACCGUAUCAAUGCAGUGUAUGUGACAAGAGUUUUAAUCGAAUUUAUCUUUUGAAAUUACAUAAUAGAAAACAUACUGGGUAAAAACAUUAUUCAUGUAAUGUUUGUGGUAAGAGUUUUAAUCUAUUAUUAUUUGAAAUAAUAUCAUGGGAUAUAUACUGGUGAAAGAAGGAAUCUUAAAAGCCGGCAACGCUCCUGUGAUUCAUCUGGCGUUGCAAGAUAAUGAGGGUGGUAUUGAUCACUUAACAUACAUGAUGUAUGGCAUAUUGCUUACUUUGUGCAUUGCCUAGACCUAUGUCAGCAGGAUAUAAUACUCCGCGAUUCUAUUAAUACAAGGGAGAGACUAGUCUACUUUCUAAGUUUUUAUUAUAUUCUAAUUCAAUCAUCAUAAGUUUUACUAAUUAAAGUGUUUUAAAGAAAUAAA